AUGGCCAGCCCAACCAGUGUCGUCGAUCCAGCCUCUUUGAGUGUAUCUGGCUACUCCCAAAGCUACCCUACCCCUCCCCCCAUGUCGGACGACACGGAGUCGAGCCAACCACCCGUAGAGCAACCACCGAAGAAGAAGCGGAAGGCCUGGGGGCAACCAGUACCAGAGAUCAAACAAAUCCUUCCACCGCGAAAGCGGGCAAAGACAGCAGAGGAAAAAGAACAAAGAAAAAAUGAAAGAAUUCUACGAAAUCGUAGAGCCGCUGACAAGUCUCGACAACGUCAGAAGGCCGCGGUUGCCGACCUCGAAGCCCGACAAGUUCGCAUCGAGCAAGAGAACGCCUCUCUUCGUGAACUCCUCGCUCGAUACGAGGCCAGAUUCGGGGUUCAGACAGAUUUUCCUUCCCCUAUGCCGGCACCACCAUCCAAGAUGGAUGUCGAUGCCACUCCUCCCUCGCCUCCUGACCUCAAAGCGGCUUCACAUUCACCCAUGACUACGACCUCAUUCGACAACACCACCGAAGUUGAAUCAAAUCAUCCUACCCUUGUCCAUUCGGACAGCGCCACCCCUCUCAAACAUGAAUCACCAGCCCUCGCGCCGCAACUCAACCUGAUUAAUGAACAUCCCGAGUCUGAACAGACUGAGUCUAUGGCAACUUUCGACGGCUUUCCAGGGGUCUCCGUGUCAACCGGAACCCUGGGCUAUCAAGCUGCCGGUGUUCCCAUUCAAGCAGAAGUCCAGUCUUGGUCUCAGCUAUCUCCUCCAAGUCUUCCAGACCUUGACGAUAUUUCAGACCUUCUCAACGACAACGCUCUUGCCGAUCUGCAAUCUCUUCCAGAUUUUGGCGCAGAGAUUGUCAAUGACCUCGACGGAAGAGGAUUUUUCCUCCAUCCUGACCAACUUCCCACUAAUUCAUUCUUUGAUUUCGAUGCCUUCGACACCGACCAGACCAGCGGUCUUCCGCAUGAAACUCCUGAGCCGGCUUCUCGCAUGCAGCCCACACAUGGCGCGCCUCUUACUGGCAGCGACAGACCGGGCUUUGCAGCAAGUGGUUCGUGA